CUACAACGACCGGAAGUUCUCCAUGUUUGUUUUGGAAUUUUGUCAAUAAGAAAGUUUGAAGAAUUUGUAAUUAAUAAAGACUUGAUUAAAAAGAAAUUGGUUUCUCCGGAACCAGUAUGGGACUUAUUAAAGAAGUGAUAGUAACUGUACUAUCGAUACUGGCUAUAGUUCUCCUAUCAGAAGCUUGCAAUGAGGAUAUCUGUGGACCUCAAGUCAGUAAAUGUAUGUUGAUAAAAUGCUGUGAAUGUGACAUGUCAGAUAAGAAGAACUGUACUUGCUGUAAUGAUUGUCAAGUCUGUUUGUCCAAGUUUUAUACUGAAUGCUGUGAUUGUGUGGGUCUGUGUGCUAAACAAGAUCCUCAUGACACACCACGUAAAACGAGCUCUGUAGAAGAUUUAAUAGAUCCUAUACCUGAUUUAUUUAAAGUCCUAACUGAACAAGUUGAUAGGUUAAUGAGAUGGACGUCAAAAUCUUACCCAGCGUUAUCAGAGGUGUUUACUAAACCUAGUGGUAAUAACAUGGACACUUCAUCUACAUUUGAUGUAGGUAAAUCCCUAGAGAAGGCUAUAGAAGAAGAACUAUUGUCCAAACAGAACUGUACAGUGGCCUUCAUGUCACAAUGUAUGUCCAUCAGAAAGUGUAAGCUAUCUUGUAAAUCUAUGGGUGCUGCUAAAUACAGGUGGUUUCAUGACAAUGCCUGUUGUGAAUGUAUCAGUUCCACAUGUUAUGACUAUGGAUUAAAUCAACCCCAGUGCCUUAAAUGUCCUCUAGAUGAUGAGUUACUAGAAUUGGAACUGGCUGAGGGGGUGAAGAACGAAGGAGCCGGGCAAAUGCUUUCUGCUGUUGAAAGAAUGAUGGACAAAGUUUGAAGACUCUUAUCAAACUAUGUAACUUCUGUGCUUAUUUAUUAAGUUAAAGGACACAAUAUUAGGGCACAAAUUAAACAGAUUCUCCAAUUUUAGAAAUGGAUGAUUUUUGAUUUUGGUAAAGGGAGAUAAUUUGAUUGUCAGAUGAAGUUGGGUCUGAAAAUAAUUCCAAAUUUGUAAUACUGUUCACAAGUUUGAUAAAUUCAGAACUCUGAUAAAAUAUGUUAUAUUUAGAACUUCAAUCGUGGCUACAGCAGCUCUAAUUUUUAAUAAACAAUUAUAACGAACAAAAAAAAAUGAAAACUUACAAAAGUGCCAGAAAGAUCUAAAUUAGAGUAAUUUUCAAUUGUAGAAGCCAAUUAUUAUGCUGUUUGUGCCCAUUUUAAAUCCAUACAUUUUACACAAUUUAGCAUGUUGCAUUAUUCAUCCUUCAAGCUAAGUCAAUUUUAAUCAAAAUGAUGAUCCCACAGAGUUAGUUAUUAUAUUUAAUGAGUAUGAUAAUCAAAAUGUGCCUUGCAAUCAAUUUUAUGCUCUUAGUCAUCUUAGACUUUAUUGAUUUCUUUUUGUCCAAGUUGAUGAACUUCUUCACUGUUGUGUCAUGCAUUUCACAUUUCUGUGUAUAUUCCUUAAAUUGUGUCUGUCUAAGAAUGUCCUUUAUAUCACUAUUACAGCUGGACAUUUAAGGUCUUCUGUUGGACAUUACUGGCUUCAAAAGCUAGGGGUCAUAUAAGGUUGUGCAUUUUUAAUUCUUGAUAAAUUUGUGUUCAUUUCAUCCAGAAUUUAUAGUAGAUGGUUUCUGAAUUUUUUUGUCUUUUUUUUUUAAUUUUUAUAACAUUAGAUCAUUCCUAUAGCAAGCUCUAGUUUGUUAUUCAAUAGCUUUAAUUAAUAUGCAAGAUAUGUUUAAUUUAUGUGCAUAUAUUUUGCAUAUCAAUGAGUAGUUAGUAAUUGUAUAUUUUGAUUAAUUAUUAGAUCUGUAUACUGCUUUUUAAGGAAAAUUCUGAUUUUUUCAACUUUAUAACUACAUCUGACAGAUGUCUGUUCAUUUGUAGUCAGAAAAACUAAGGUUGUGUUUUUGUUUAUACUCUAUAUUUUUAUAGAUCUUUUUACAUAUAUUUCCAUUCUGUAUCUUUAUAUAAUAAAGUGCUUUAUAGACAA